AUGCAUGUGAAAAUAAAUGCAUUGCAGGUACUGUUGCUUUUAUUUGUAUUUCAGAGAGAAGAAUCAAAAGCUAUCAAAUGUUAUCAAUGUAAUAGUAAAAGGGAUAAAGAUUGCACUAUUAAUUCGGUAGAUAUCAAAUAUUUGAAGCCAUGUCUUGCAUCACAACCAUUUUGUCGUAAAGCUGUGUAUAUAUAUUAUUUCAUGAAUUCUCGAGAUUAUAUAAUAAUACGCGAAUGUGCAAAAUUUGGGAACGCCGACAAAGAAUGUUAUAGAGGUCGUUAUCCACGUGACAGUUACCAACUUGUAUGCGAAUGCAAGAGUACAGGCUGUAAUAGAUCUACUACAUUCUCAUCGGAGACAUUCACCAUUCUGUAUAUUUUGUGUCAGUUCAUUGUUUUUCUUGUAAGAAAUCCUACCUGA